AUGCCCCCUUAUUGCGGCCCAUCCCCUGGACUUCUGCUACAGACCCAAGUGCAAGUUAACAACAAUUCAGAUGAUGAUAUACUUGAAGAAGACGGGUCAACUCUUGCUCCCUCGGCUGUGGACUCAAGUAUGGGCUGGCUUGAAAUUGGUGGAUACCAUACCUAUGUCCACCGUACCAGGCGUACCCGCAGGCUUACACACAGUAAGAUUUCUCAUCAUUUUAAUGGAUUAAUUUCAGCAGCAUAG